AUGGGUGUCAGCUAUCCAUACGGGCAGCUUGUUCGGGCCGCGGCCCGGACUCCCGUCUCGUUCGUCCCCCGGCGGACACUGACCACGACGCCGAUUUAUCGCGCUCAGGAUGACCAGAAGCCUGGAUGGUUGUCUGGCAUCAAGCAAUGGUAUACGAAGAAGGAAAAGUCGCUGCUUAAGGGGACAGGCUCGUCCGCGGGGGGCAAUGGGUCUCAAAGUCUCGGAAAGGCUACUCACACACCAUCCGCUCCCCAGCAAGACGAGGGUGAUCUGGGUGCUAGCUCCAUUUUCGCCGACGACAUCGCUUCUGGUGCCAACAUCAAACGCAAGAAGCAGCAGCUCCAAGAGCAACAAGCCGGACAACUGGAGAAUUUACCUGUGGAGGAGCGCAACAAGGACCGUAUGCAAAUGGCCUUGAACCCCAACCCCAAGGCCCAGUUCCGUUGGGAACAGAAAAUGGUCAUCCGCGAGAUCCGGAAACGCGGCCGCAUCCCGAAAUCUGUCCAGAUCAAGCGCACUGAGCGCGAAACCCUGGAGAAGUCACACUGGUUCAAGACCUCCGUCAAAAAGCUGGGUCCUCUGGCUCGCCAAAUCGCAGGCAAGAACAUCGACGAGGCUAUUCUGCAGAUGCGUUUCAGCAAGAAGAAGGCUGCUAAGGACGUGUUGGAGCACCUAGAGCACGCGAAGAACGUCGCCAUGGUCCGUGCCGGCAUGGGCCUCCCGGCCGAGGGUGAGACUCCCAAGCCCGUCACUAUUACCCUCAAGGAUGGGGAGCGUAAGAGGAUCACCGACCCGACAUCAAUCUACAUCGAGCAAGCGUGGGUCAACCGUGGGCCCUACGGAUUCGGCAUGGACCACCGUGCCCGUGGCACAAUCAACACUCUCCGUCCCCGGCCACCGGUCUAUCAGUGGUCUUGA